AACGCAAGCGUAGGCGAGGCACAGAAAUUUUGAUCAAUAGCUAAUGAGAGUACAUUUCACCCUGUUGUUCCGCUACCUACCGCAAAAAUCGAAAAAUACUGCAUUUUAAUCAAUCUUUUCCUGGCAAAAUAUUAAAACACCUUCCAGGACGCCUAGUAAAGUAUUUCCCAGUCCGGGCACGGCCCACAACGUCUGGGCCUUGCCACAAAAUUCGUGUAACAUGGUGGCCGAAAACGAAAAUUCAACCGCCAGAGAAAAUUAUUAUGAUAACCGUAGAAACGUGUAUUCGUCUGACAAUGAGAAUGAAUUUAUUCAAAAAAGUAUUUUCGACGUGGUCAAGGCGGGCGAGGUUACUGAUGUUAAAGAGAUAGUCCAUCGUUUGGGAACUCAGAUAUUAAGAGCACGUGAUGAAUGGGGUUAUACUCCUGCCCACUGGGCAGCGUUGGACGGAAGCGUGGAUAUCAUGCGUUUCUUGAUCGAAAAAAAUGCGCCCAUCGACUUACCGUGCCUUGGUACCCAAGGCCCUCGUCCCAUACAUUGGGCCUGCAGAAAAGGGCAUGCGGCUGUUGUGCAAGUUUUGCUACAAGCCGGGGUUGCAGUUAAUGCAGCGGAUUUUAAAGGGUUGACACCUUUAAUGACGGCAUGCAUGUUUGGCAGGACGGCCACUGCGGCUUAUCUUUUAGGGAUGGGAGCUUUUAAUCAUUUGGUUGAUAUAAACGGAGAUACAGCACUACAUUGGGCUGCCUACAAAGGUCACGCUGAUGUCAUUAAACUUCUAAUUAAUUCAGGUGCUGAUUUGCAAAAACCUGACCACUUUGGUUCCACCCCGCUUCAUUUGGCUUGUAUAUCAGGGUGCGUAGGGUGUGUGAGACUUCUCUGCGAAAAGAAUGACGUCGAAUUAGAGCCCCUCGAUAAAAAUUUUAAAACACCCUUAAUGCUAGCUCAAAGUCACAGACAUGGCGAUAUAGUUCAAGUACUCCAAAUUGAAAAAAAGAGAAGGGCAAGUUGGUUUCCUCCAAGGUUUUGGUCGUUCUUGUACGGCAAUCGGAAUCGAUCAAAAGGUCCUUUAUUAUUUUAUUUGGCGUCAGUGAUUCUCUGGUGCUAUCCAGUGUAUAUUAUAAAAUGUGUUCCUGUAACAUGGAACCUCCUUCGAGGUUCCCACUACUGUUUUAUAUAUUGGAACGCGGUAAUGUGGGUCUGCUGGAUAGUUGCAAAUAGGAAAAAUCCCGGUUACAUUUCCCUUAAUUCUGACUCGUACUACCGAGCAAUUAAUCAAAUUCCAUACUUUGAUAAAUGGAAAAAACGCAAUGUCGUUUUGAACAGGCUGUGUCACAGUUGCAGAACGUUAAGGCCCUUAAGGGCCAAACAUUGUCGCAUUUGUAACAGAUGCGUGUCAUAUUUUGAUCAUCAUUGCCCAUUUAUUUACAACUGUGUGGGAUUGAGGAAUAGAAUUUGGUUCUUUUUGUAUGUUCUAAGCGUCGCUAUAAAUUGUUCUUAUAUGAUGUAUUUCUCUACUUAUUGCAUCGCCAUAGAAGGAUUCGCUGUUCUGUACGUUUUGAAAUUAUUGGAUGCGUUUAUUUUUGCAGGAUUUGGAUGGAUUCUAACGUGCACUUCGAUACUACAUGCAUGUAUGAAUUUAACGACAAACGAAAUGUUUAAUUACAAACGUUAUCCUUACUUAAGAGAUAGAAGAGGAAGGUAUUCAAAUCCUUUUUCAAGGGGACCAAUUUUAAAUCUUGUGGAAUAUUUUUUCUGCACUCCUGAAGAUUAUAAUGAUGACUACACCAUGUUUGAUUAUAUUUAACAAUAUUCCCGUGAAUAAAUAUCUAU